GAAAAGAACAAGUCAGUAAAAGUCACUUGCAUUUGCAAUAUCCGGAGUUAUACUGGCAAUGAAUGAAUGAUGUCAAGAAAAGGAUCAUCAGUUAAAAGAUCAAAUGUUAAACAGUUGAGGCAACGUAUUAAUGAUAUUUAUGUUACAAGUACAAGUGACUUUGGAGCACAACUGGCCACUGCUAAGAGACUCAUUGAACAAGGUUCUUAUCAGUGUAAUGUGUAUGGCAUUGGUUCUGCUAUCAAUAAAUCAAUCAAUUUAUCAUUGCAAUUGAAGGAAUCUUGUACAAGUUCUAUUGAAUUUUUCGUUGAUAGUUUUACUAUAAACAUUGACCAGUUACAAUUUCUUGAGUUAGCGUUACCUGAACCUGGUGGUGCAAGAGGAAGAUAUCUUUCAGUAUUGCAUAUUACUUUAUGGAAAAUUUAACAAAAAUAAAA